CGGUCUUGCCAAUCCUACCUCGCAACAUUUCUUCCCCAAAACCUCAAGCCUCAUCCCAUCGAAUCCCAACAAAUAAGCUUGCGUAUAAUAUCUAACAACUCUCCUAUAACAGGCGCUCUCCUCUAUAGGUGUUAUUCCUAACAUCGGCUAAGAACGUUGUCGACGCCUGAGAAAUAAUCCUCGUUCAGGAUUUUGCCAAUUGGUAUCUCAACUUAGUAUUGCUUCUAGCCUCUUUCGAGUCCUGCGUUAUCUUAUUUAGAACCAUUACCACAAGACUAUUACGAAGACUAGGUGGGCAUGCUUAGUGCUUUAUCCCUUGGGCAUCUCUCCACCCCCGGCUUCGGGGCUUCUCGACCAACUCCUACAUCUUCUGAAUCUUCGCGUCUCGAUCCGAUGGGUACAUCACACGCCUCAUAGGCCUCUUUAUAACAAGCAAAAUCCCCGCCCGCUCCGCCAGCAUUUCUACGUCGGGAUGGGACUUAGUCGCGGUCGUCCGAAGCGGUGGUCUCUGAACGAUACCUAUGGCUUCAUCGCAACAUUCUUCGAUACUCAGACGCGGACGUAUGCGCGCCAAGCGGUCGUAAGGUGCACAGCAGCGCAACAGCCUUCUAGCUCGGUACCAGCACCCCAAAGUGCGGACGCCACUUCGUCCCGCGUCGAGUCACGAGCUCUAAAGACGGCGCCUCAUCACAACGUCCGGCGUAGCUUUCACACGUAUUUCGUCACGCACCUCCCGUCCUCCUCGCUACACCCGGACUCUCGUGCCCCAGCUGGACCUCACCACAAGCUACCUCGCUCUGCCGCCGCACCUCACACGGCAGUUUCCGGUGCGGCUCCCGUGUCUCCGCCUCACCUGCCAUCCAACCGCGACUUGACCGUCGUGCGCAUUCCCCUGCGCAGCGCUAAGCACCACUUCGGAGUCGCGAAUUCAAGAGGAUCCAGGCCAUACAACGAAGACACGAAUCAGGCCGGCACCAUCGACAUCCCCGCGUUCGCAAAGCGGGCCCCCAUUAGCCUCGUCCGCAGCACCAUGAACAAGAUGGGAGAAGGAACUUCAGCCGAUAGCCCCUACGGGGAUCCCCAGAUCUUCUACUUUGGCGUUUUCGACGGUCACGGAGGCACCCAGUGCAGUGACUUCCUACGGGAUGAGCUCCACGGAUAUAUCGAGGAGGCAGCCGAAGAGUUCGAGCUACAAAGUAGCCUCCGAACGGCGCGGAAGGGUCAUAGGCCAGAUUCGGAAUCUCUCAGUGCGCCCGCUCCAAUUUUAUCAGACAGCGAAGCUGGCGGACAGAAGAGACUCGACUGGCUGGAUAUCAAGGGUUCAGAGGCCGUGUCAACCAAGGUAGACAUACCAGAAAUAGACGAGCGCGGCGCGAUUCGCGAAGUCGAAAACCCCGAUGCCAUAGAGGGUGUUCAGCCCGUGCCAGACAGAGCAUCGGGAUCAAAGGCCCUACAACUACAGAGCGAACUGGUAAAGGAAUAUAAGAAUACGGUUGGCGGGUAUUUCCGGCGAUUCCACCCCCCUUACUUUCAACUGAAGCGAGAUCCCGAUUCCCCCGAACCACCCGUUAGCGUCGAGUCCGUUCUCACGUACGCUUUUCUCCGUGCAGAUCUCGACUUCAUCGCCGCUCAAGCCCGCAAGCCUGACCCUGACGAUCCCUACGUGGCCGAUACCGCUCUGAAUUUUGACGAGGUGCUGGGGAAGCCACACCACAUGCCACCGUCAGGCCAGGGCAUCGGCGGCCGUACAAGAUUUAAAGGGGGGUCGACAGCUUCGGUCACCCUCAUCUCUACACCGACGCCUGCUCCGUUCUGGCACCCGGCUGCGAGCUCCACCCUAUUAGUCGGGCACGUGGGCGAUACGCGCGUCCUGCUGUGCGAGACUGCUACCGGUUUGUCUCGUCCCUUAACUUCAGAUCAUCACCCAUGCUCUCCAAGCGAGUCGCACCGGCUGCGACGGUUUGCGGCAUCCUUCGUGACGGACUCGUUCGGCGAAGAGCGGAUUCAAGGCCUUGCCAACUCUCGGGCGUUUGGCGACAUGGCAUCCAAGCGUCUAGGCGUCUCAGCCGAGCCGGAGAUCACGCGAACGGAGCUGGGGCCGGCUCAGUACAGCUUCAUCGUCCUCAUGUCCGACGGCGUGUCGGGAACGUUGAGCGAUCAAGAGAUCGUGGACGUGGUAAAGGAAGCGAAGACGCCGGAGCAAGGUGCUAGGGACGUUGUAGCGUAUGCUACCGAAGUCAGCAGAGACGGCGACAACGCGACAUGCCUCGUAGUUAGGCUCGGCGGAUGGGAACGCAGGAGCGAGGGGGGGUUAGGAAGCUUAGGAACCAAGGAGAUUCGGGAUUUUAGGCGUAACGAAGCCAUGGAUCCGCGACGGGGAAUAAGAUAGACGGUGUAUAUCUUGGAGUAUAAGUAAGACCGCUUUUACUCGCGCCUGGACGAGAAAGGUAAACCCGCCUAUCACACCAAGUCGUGCCGAGCGUUAUCCAUGCGAAUUAAUAAGGCCGUGGGCCGCCGCCUGGUUGUAGCGCUUGUUUAGGCUUUAUAGCCGCCUACGUAUUAUUACGUGGAUGUUGCAAUUUUACCUAUUAAUCAAACUCAAGAAUCUGAAACCCUGGGAUUUAAAUGUGCUAAAAGAUUCACGGCAAGUUGAAAUUUAC